GUAGUGAGAGUUCAACAGCCACUGUGCAACAUUCUGACCUGACACACGAAGAAUCGGAUGGGCAAACUCGAUGAACAUUCCUGGAGAUCCAAGGAGUAGGCCUUCAUUCAUCAGGUCCGAUCCCGUCAACAAGUGAAAUAUUAUCACGUCAUCUCGGAUGUUUAUCUGUUUACAUGGAAAUCAUAAACAAGUUUUUUGGAUAUUCCAAUCGAUCGUCCCGUUAUCUAUGCCUGAAGCGAGGAGAUAACAAUCGACCUUAUCUGAUUAUUCUGAAAGAUUCGAUUCAAUGAGCAUAAAACCAGAGGACAAAUGCCUCUAAAUUAUUUUGCGGAAAAUAAACCAUAAUCAUUUUUCAGGUCAAUGAUAGAUAUGAUUGGAGUUGGACAAUAGUUGUGUAUUAUCAUCGGACAUGCUUCACCGCUACGUGUGACCAUUGUUCAUGGCCUACAUUGCGGCCAUCCGUUGGUAGUUUUUAGAUAAUUUGUUGUGUGGAGCCCAGAGCAGAUCUUUACAAUCAUCAUUUAUCUCCACCCCUAUAUAUUUGAAACAGCAUCAACAAAAUCUGAAUAUCCUCGCAAGCGUAACCAGUGUGCUAAGGGACUUCGUAUGUUAUGAUCACAGUUUAUAUGCGAGAAGGGUGGAUGUUUGCUCAUUAUGGAUUGCGAAAUACAUGAUAGAAUUGUGGAUUUAUGCUAUGUUUCCUCACCUGUAUAAUUCAUUUCAGUAUGUGAGUUCAAGUAAGGUCAUCAUCUCCAUUAGCGCAGUGUGCUCGCGGACGAUUACCGGAAAACAUCGAUUUUUAUCUAGGCGUCUGUUGACGUGGUACCUUGAAAACUUCGACUUCCAACAGACUGUAUUAGCCUUCAUGGCCAGACAUUUUUUGCGUUGGUUUUAGAUGUUAAUUGUUCACGCACAGUGGAUAUAAGUGAAUGACUAUACAUGUUUCAUAGUUUGCAUUAAAACUGUGGAUGCGAUUUGUACAAUGUCUGAAUCGUACAACAAUGACUCGGAACCGGACUACAAGCCCGAGGCCCCGUACAUCAUCGCUGGUAUGGCGACAGAGAUUCCGAUAGCCAUCGCUGCGACGUUCGGUAACUUUCUCGUCAUCUGGGCCGUAUACUACAACAAACGACUUCGAUCCGUUACCAAUUACUACAUCGUAUCCCUUGCCAUCGCCGAUAUGAUGGUCGGGAUGUUUGCCAUACCGUUCGCGCUGGCGACGAACGCUGGGCUUCCGCAUAAUAACUUCUACGCGUGCUUGUUCACGAAUUCGUUCGUCGUGGCCCUUACGCAGAGCUCCAUCUUCGGUCUUCUUGCAGUAGCCCUGGACCGGUUCUUUGCUGUGACUCGUCCAUUCAAAUACAGACGCGUUGCAACAUCCAAGUGUGCUAUCAUGAUCCUCCUCGCGACGUGGGUCCUGGCCUUUAUCAUCGGACUGACACCUCUGUUUGGAUGGAACAUGGGCGAACCAGAGCAUGGAUAUUGUAUUUUUGUGGAACACAUAGAUCUUCGCUACAUGGUGUACUUCAAUUUCUUUGGCUUUGUUUUACCGCCAUUGGUCAUGAUGCUUUUUGUGUAUGUGAAGAUUUUCGAAGUUGUCCGUAUUCAGUACUCUGCAAUAUCAAGAACAGUAGUUGGGAGUCAAGAUGACAUGUCUCGAAGACGUUCGCGGCUCGCGGUGAAAGAGGGCAACGCGGCAAAACUACUAGCCAUUGUCAUUUUACUCUUCGCCAUUAGCUGGUUACCGCUUCACAUAAUCAACUGCAUUUCGUUGCUUUGGCACCCAGUUCCAUACCCGGUACUUCUUCCCGCCAUUAUUUUAUCACACGCGAACUCUGCAAUGAAUCCAAUCCUGUAUGCGUUCAGUAAUCGCGAGUUCAGGAGAACGUUCCAUAAGCUCAUCUUCAGGGUUGUACUUUGUGGUAUCAUCCAGGUGCAGAACUGCGAUUCCGUGGACGACUAUGCUGGUAUGACGGCUGGACCCGACGGCAAUGAAGUCUCGCGGUUUGCUAGUGGGUACCAGACUGUGAGGAACGGGGUUCGAAGCUCCCCUCCCACAACCACACCGUCACCGACCCCAAACUCUGUCAGGAAAUCUGCGAUAUGUCUUCAUAAAAUCGACAAGAAUAAGAAUGGUAGUCCAAAGUCGAGAACUAAUGGACAGGGUAGUACUAUAGAAAGGUGAAAAUAGAACUCCAUGCAAGUCGGCUUGAUUGACCCUGAUAUCUGAAACAUCAAAGUUGAUUGAAAAAUUGAAAUUGAUUGAUUUGCUAGUACAUGUGGUGCAAACACGAGGUAACCUGUUUAUCUCGUAGAAAUUUCAUUGUUGUGACCAUGGACCUAGGUCCAUGUUGUAACGAACUCGUGUGCAAACUUGCCAUGUACUAAAAUGUUUAUGAAGUCAAACUAAUUGAUAAUUACCCCUCGUGGACAUUUGACAUUCCUCAACCCAAAGGAAUACAAAGGUGUUUCUAUAUCGUCGUUCCAUAGCUCUAUGGUCGCUCUACCAGGUGGGGUUUUUUCUGUGUACAUUUUAAAUUUGGAUAAAAAAGUUCGCAAUUCAAAAACCCAAAGUGUUUGCUUUGUUCCCUUCUUCAAAGGCACAUACCAUCUCUCUAUUCAAUGUGCGAUGGACCUGUUAUUGUACACUACUUUUUUGAGCAAUGAUGUUCAAUGAAGCUUGGUCAUUGAAACUAA